GCAAUCAACCACACGGCUACCUCUUUUUGAUGGAACCAACUAUACAUAUUAGAAGGAACAAGUGAGAAUCUAUAUUCGCUCCACGAACUUCCAACUACGGUUGGUCAUCAAGAACGAGGAAGAGGUGCCGAUGAAGAAAGUUAAAGACAAGAUGAUCCCCAAGACCGACGAUGAAUUUGAUGUCGAGGACAUCAAGAAAAUAGAAAAUAAUGCAAAGUCCAUCAACAUGAUCUACUAUGCAGUCAAUCCCGAUGAUUACCGAAAGAUAUCGUGUUGUUCUAUCGCUAAGGAAAUGUGGGACAAACUAGAGGUCACCUACGAGGGAACUGACCACGUAAGUGAAGCUAAGAUUGAUUUCCUAAAACAAGAAUAUGAAAUGUUUAGGAUUAAGGAGCAUGAGAAGAUCGACGACAUGUUCGACCGGUUUUCAAAGAUAGUCAACGAUCUUCAUGCCUUGAAGAAAACCUACACCUACAGGGAUCUUGUGAGAAAGAUCCUACAAAGCCUGACAUCCGAAUGGCAUUUCAAGGACAAUGCCAUCUAUGAGUCAAUUGGUAUGUCCAACAUCACCAUCGAUGGUUUAAGAGGUUCCUGGACGGGCCCACGGAAGAGGCGCACUGGGCCUGACUCCUUGCCGUGGGUUAGGCUGAAGAAGAGAUCCACCAAUGGUUCUUCCCUAUUUUCCCAUUCAUAUUAGCUCAUGUUAAGACCAACCCUAACUCUAAACCCUACUAUCCUUAGCAACCCAAAGACCAACCCUUAAGUUACUACUAAGAAUAGCGCAUUAAAAUCUUUGGAAAACAUCACCGUAACAACUUAAAAGUAACACUACGGUUAUUUAACAAAAUCAGUUCGAGAACCUUGAUCAGCAAAAACCACUUAGCGAUGCAGCAAGUACUAAUCAAGUGACACUUGAUUU